UAAACAAGUUUGUGCGAGAGAGCAUCUUUUCUGCGGAAAUAUUAUUUAACGCACUGACAUCGUGUGAGUUUAGUCAUGUCAAGUUUUUGUAAUUAUUCGGUAUUUACUUAAAAAAAAAAAUCAACCAGGAAGUACCGCGCCCCAUCGUGGGCUCUCCUGUCUCACCUUUUUCACGCCAAAACUGUUGCGCGAUUUGGAUUAGAAACGCAACAAAGUUCCGUGACAUUCGCGUGGCAUUUAUUACGGGCCAACCAGGUAUUUGUUGCUAGGCAGACUUUCACCCAGCACGCGUGUGAUCAGGUGUUUCAGGUGUGCUUGACCAACGCCCCUCAAACAGGAUGUGACGAUUUUGACCUGACUUGCUCGUUUACUUCUGAUGUUCUGUGGAACUUUUAUUGACAAAAGUAACAUUGGUCAGGUUAUCUUGAGCCCCGGGCCCUGCACCAAGUUAUUGUACUUUACAACUAAAAUAAAGUAAAACCACUCACUCUAUGAGGUGUGGCGAUACUGUUCACUUUUUUUAAUGGCUUUUGCCCUUUUUAAAUUUUAAUAACAGCAGUUUUGAAAGCAGUAGCCUAGGUCAAGGUUGCUCGUAGAGGUCUAAGAACGGAUCAAUUCAUUGACAUCUCAAAUGUACGCUCCUAUCUUCAGAAAAAAAAUCGGCUAGGCCACAGCUCUUCAUCUCAUUCUUUUGAUUUCACUUUAAUGACAGCAGAUUUGCAACUCGUGACGUAGGUUAAGGUUGCUUGUGCCUGGAAGCAUGACAAGUCUUGUCGAAGCAAAAAUACAGAUCUGUUCUUCUUUGAUCAUUUUCGGCUACUUGCUGUUCUAGCAUCUGCCUGGUAAAAUAAAUUUUUAUGUGAGGACAUCACGAUUUUGCUCAGAUUACCCCGAGGAUUCGGACUCUGUGCCACAAUUAGCAAAAGGAGGAGCGUCGCCGCAUACUUGAGCCAGGUGUUUGGAGGUCGCAAGGAGAUGGACUCCCUGAAGAAGGAGCUGGAGGAAGAGCUGAAGCUCAGCACCGAGGACCCCAGGAGCCACGCCUGGUACCACGGGCCCCUCACCAGAGAGGCUGCAGAAGCUCUCUUCGAGAGGGACGGGGACUUCCUGGUCCGAGACUCCAGCUCGUCCGCGGGCGACUACGUCCUCAGCUGCUACUGGAGGAACGAGCCCAUGCACUUUAAGAUCAUACGAGUGGUGCUGAGACCCAAAAAGGGCUACUCCCGGGAGCUGUUUCAAUUUGAGGAGGACCGCUUCGACAACGUUCCAGCUCUGAUCCGUUUCUACGUGGGCGGGCGGCGGCCCAUCUCGCAGGCCUCGGGCGCCAUCGUCUUCCACCCGCUGACCAGGACGCUCCCUUUGCGGGUCAUUGCCGAGCGACAGCGCGCCGACUGUAAGGGCGCCGUCGGGAGAUCCGCCGACGGGAAGUCCCAACACGAACGCGGCAAGCGGCUCAGCUUCAGCAGCACCCUGGGAGACGCCCUGAACAUCAACACUCUGCCCAGGAGCGGGAGUCACCCCGGCAAUCUGGAGAACCUCGGCUGCAGGCCUUCGCUCCAGUCGGCCCAGUCGGACAGCAACCUGAGGCCCGGCGCUCCUCAAAACUCCAAAUCAGACGACAUGGGCCCGCCUCCCAUCUCGCCGGUGUUCCGCACAGGGAGCGAGCCCCUUCUCAGCCCGAAGCCGCGCCGAAUGCAUCCCUGUCACCCCGGUGGUGGCGUGACGCUGCGGGGGUCCGACAGACAGCUGCACUCCCGGGCGCCCCCCAAGCCCCUCAGGAUCUCCGCCGUGUUCCCCAAAGCCCCCGGACCCGCCGCGCCCUCGGAUCGGGACGAUGACCCGUCCGCUUUCUACGACGAAUUGGUCGUUCAGGUGCCGCAGUCCCGGCGCAAAGGUCACGUCGAUCGACUUCGAGCGGAGGAAAAGUGGCAGAGCCGGGCGCGGAUCACCGAGACCUCCUUCGGCUUCCUGGAGGACGACAACGGCGGCGAGGCGGCGUCCCGUCUGCCGCGACUGCCCGACAAGGAACAAUUUGAACGCCCGCAGGUUCUCCGCACGACACCAACGCCCUUGUACCAGAGUCGCAUUGAAAUGUUCCAGAUUCCAUCUGGACCCGCGUGCUGCGUCCCCGCGCAACUUCUCCUUUUGAGGCGGUAUCUUUCGAUAACGUCUCCCCUUGCCCCGCCCCCAUCGCAGACGGAAUGGAGCUCCUGCUUCCAGCUGGACCGCUUCAAGUCGCUGUUGUUGCCGGACAACAACCGUCCGCUGGAGCCCGGCGUGCUGCUUGCGCUGAAGGAGCUCUUCAACCGCUCGGACCCCAACACCACGGCCCUGCACAUGCUCAGCGUGGACUGCCAGGUGGCACGCAUCGUGGGCGUGACGGCCGAGCAGAGGCGGGCGAUGGGCGUGGCCUCCGGCCUGGAGCUCAUCACGCUGCCGCACGGCCGACAGUUGCGGCGAGACCUGCUCGAGAGGCACCAUCUGAUUGCGUUGGGCGUUGCCGUGGACAUCCUGGGCUGCACGGGUACGGUGAGCCAGCGGGCCGCCGUGCUGCACAAGUUCAUCCUCGUGGCGCAGGCCCUCAAGGACCACGCCCGUGACCUCUACGCCUUCUCGGCCGUCAUGAAGGCGCUGGACAUGCCUCAGGUGGUGCGGCUGGAGAUGACGUGGCGCUCGCUGCGGAGGAACCACACGGAGAGCGCCGUCCUGUUCGAGAAGACCCUCAAGCCCUUCAUGAAAGCGCUCAACGAUAGCGACGAGUGCGUUUCGGGUGGUCCGGUGGCCGUGCCGCACCUGGUUCCCGUGCUGCUGCUGAUGGAGGGCGAGGACCCCGUGGAGGACAGCCUGCGAGGGUGCGAGAUGCUCUACGACCUCCUGCAGGCGGCCCGACGACACGCCGCGCACGCGCACCAACACCGGCAGCGCGCCAGCGAGCUGCUCGCAACCGCUACCCCUCUAGGCGACUGGACGCCCAUCCCCGAGAUGCUGGAGGCCUUCCGGACCGAAUUUGCCCUGCGACUCUUCUGGGGCCAAUCGGGAGCGGAAGCGGACGGCAAGGAACGCCACGACAAGUUUGACAAAAUUCUCUGCGUGCUCUCGGAUAAAUUGGAACCGGUCGAGAUCAGACCCGAACUGCCUGAGCCUCUCUGCUGAGACUGUGGGAACAGCGUUCAAUGAUCAAAAUGUGAUUUCAACAGGACGGAGAAGUCUUUGUCCACGAGUAAUACCGGUGCACAAUUCCGUUUUUAAUUGGACCACAGCGCGUCUCGGCAGUUGUGCAACCCCCGCCACCCAUCCACCCCCCCUUUCCUUUUAUGAUCAAAAUAUGAUUUCUGACACAUAAGAGAAGCCUUUGACAAAGUUGCAAUUAUUGACCUACGACCAAUGGACCAUUCAUUCGUCAAUUGGACCGCAGCCCAACUAUGCAGUUGUACAAACUUCAUGACAAAAAACUUUUUGUCCAACUUGGAUGAUAUGAUCUCAACGAGUCGACGCGUCAGGCUUUAAUCGGCCCACAGCCCAUCGAGGCUUCUUCCCAAAAAAGAUUUGUGAUGAAAAUGUGAAUUCCGACGUGACAAAACUUGAGCCCAAUCUGCUUCUGGGAGCAAUGGUGGAGAACUGUUCAUCGUAGUUAAACUGUACAUGCGAGUGGAAUUCUCAGUCUAAUUCGACUGCAACCCACUCAGCGGGUGUACAAACGUCAAAUGAGACAUGACAGACAGGUCGUCGUCAUCUAACCGCAGCCUAUCUAGGCAGUUGUCCCCUACAAAAUUACCUCGUGGUCGUUUUUUUUUUUUUUUUCUUCUCACCGAUUCCGGACAUCUGUUGUACUGAGCUACUGUUGUCACGCUACUGGUUGUUUUUUGUUUCUCUUGUGUAAAUAAUGUUGCCAAGUAAAUGUUUCUUUUUCUUUUGUACUCGUCUUGCAUGAUUCUGAGAUUUACAGUCAGCACCAAUGAACACACCGCAACCCGCGUCACUAAAAUACAAAGUCAGAUCAAUGACUCACUUUGGUGCUUUGGUCGUUGCUUUUUAAUGCUUAUGAUGCUUCCGAUGUCCUUUUUUACGAUACAUCCAUUGAAACAUUUUAGGGCAUCUAUCCAGUGUGAGUCAAGCCCGAAAGGCGACACCGACUGUUUGACCUUCAACGGGCUCAUCAAAU